CUGAAGACGCACUGCUACACUGCUAACUACUCAACCUGAUCAAGCUACUCUCAAUCACCUGAGAGGCAACCCUCUACUUUUUUUCUCCACUCAAAUAUUUCAAUAUAUUAAAGACCAGAAAAAGAGGAAAUUGUUUUCAAUUUUGAGUGAAAUCUUUAUUAGAUGCAGUGGAUGAUAGAACAGCAAUGGCUCAAACAGAUGCAGAGUUUGGUGUGAAAAGCAGCAGCAGCAUCAUCAGAGAAUGGAGCGGACAGGUACAGCCUGCUUUGGUCGUAUCAUUUGUUUUCCUCUUCUGUCUGGAAGCCUGUCUCUGGGUCAGGAACCUCAAGCUCAGGAGAAGACUGCCGGGACCGUUCGCAUGGCCUGUGGUGGGCAAUGCCUUGCAGCUGGGCCAGAUGCCUCACAUCACCUUCACGAGACUAGCGAAAAAGUAUGGUGAAGUGUAUCAGAUACGACUGGGCUGCAGUGACGUUGUGGUCCUGAAUGGAGGCCAGGUUAUUCGUCAGGCCCUGAUACAGCACAGCACAGAGUUUGCAGGUAGACCCAACUUUGUAUCUUUUCAAUUCGUUUCCGGGGGGAAAAGCAUGACUUUUACAAAUUACAGCAAACAGUGGAAGAUGCACAGGAAAAUUGCUCAAUCUACAAUCAGAGCUUUCUCGUCUGCCAACAGUCAGACCAAGAAAGCCUUUGAGCAGCAGAUUGUGGCUGAAGCCACAGAACUAGUUGAGAGUUUCCUCAAACUCAGUGCUCAGGGCCAAUAUUUCAACCCGGCUCAUGAGUUGACAGUUGCUGCUGCUAAUGUGAUUUGUGCCUUGUGCUUUGGGAAGCGUUACGGACAUGAUGAUAUGGAGUUUAGAGCCUUGUUGCACAAGGUGGAUAGGUUUGGACAGACAGUAGGGGCUGGCAGCUUGGUUGACGUGAUGCCCUGGCUUCAGUCUUUCCCUAAUCCAGUCCGCACUGUCUUCAGAAAUUUCAAAAGCUUGAAUCAGGACUUCUUUGCAUUCGUCAAGAACAAAGUGGAGAAGCAUAGGGAGACCUUUGAUCCAGAGGUGACCAGGGACAUAAGCGAUGCCAUCAUUGGUGUCCUUAAUGAGGCAGAGAAAGGCGAGGAGCUCACUGUAGGCUACACAGAGGCGACUGUGGCAGACUUGAUUGGUGCAGGUCUGGAUACCGUCUCCACUGCUCUUCACUGGAUUGUCCUUCUGUUGGCCAAACACCCUGAAAUUCAAACCAAACUCCAUGAACUCAUUGACAACGUGGUGGGGCGAAACCGGCUGCCGUCUGUCGAGGACAGACAACACCUGGCUUACCUGGACGCCUUCAUAUAUGAAACCAUGCGGUACACCAGCUUUGUUCCUGUCACCAUCCCCCACUCCACAACCUCAGACGUCACUGUCAGCGGUCUCACCAUCCCCAAGGACACAGUGGUAUUCAUUAAUCAGUGGUCCGUCAAUCACGACCCCCUGAUGUGGAAAGACCCACAUAUCUUUGACCCCUCGCGCUUCAUUGAUGAAAACGGCUCCCUAAACAAAGACUUCACAAACAAUGUGAUGAUCUUCUCAGCAGGGAAGAGAAGAUGCAUUGGGGACCAGAUAGCCAAAGUUGAGAUAUUUGUGUUCUUUGCGAUUCUUCUGCACCAGUGCAGCUUUGAAAAAUGCCCAAAUGAGGACUUCUCUUUAAACUCUUCCUAUGGCUUAACACUGAAGCCUUUAAAUUACAAGAUCACUGCCAAACUCAGGGGAGAAUCACUGAAAGGCCAGUGAAAAGAUGUGUGAGAAUGGGUUCUGAAAAUGAAAGGGAGCAAUGCUAUGUAAAGUAUGCAUCCUUAAAGAGGAGUUGUGUCUGCAUCAAAUAGAUUGUGCACCCUUUUAGGAUGACAAAGAAUAUAUUUGUGACUAAAGCAAAAGCUAUCGGUUCACACAAAUGCAAAAACAUUUGCAACAGCUGAUGUGCUUUUUUAAAGAGAAGUCUGAAAUUGGCAUUGGGAGCAAAAUGCAAACUCAAAUGCAGUUUUGCCCUUCAGGUCUGAAAAACUGCGACUUAGGCAAGAAGGCCUAAAUAUGGAACAAGAUAUAAUGACAACUUUGAUGUGGGCUCCUCAAAAACCACAUACCAUAAUAAAUCUUAAGUACGUAUUGGUAUUUAUAUGAGGGUAUUUAGUGGGAGUCACGCUGAAUUGCAAUAUAAACUGGUGGUGAAAAAUAAAUUUCCCUCUAGACUGUUUUUUUUUUUUUCGCUGACAUGCCCGUUGUGUGGUCUCAUUUGAACAGUUAUUCACCCAGAGAACUAUUUAUCUUUGUAUGUACUGAAUGAUCGAAGUUAUUGCGAAUCCAGAAUGCAAGCCAUGUGCAUUUGUGCGCUCUUAAAUCACAUACAGUGCUGAUGUAUUCUGAUAAGUACUCAUGUAAUGUGUAAAAGCCAUUGAUUUCAUUGUUCCUCAUGCUGUUUUCUUCUGUUCACACAAUAUACCACAUGUGUGCAUACCACGCUACUGUCUGAAUAAUAAGCCAGACUCUUUUGAAUUGCAACAUAAUGCUGUCAUAAUCAACAUGAUCCAGUCUGUGUUCUUCAGUGCCUUUAAUGUACAAUAAACAUUUCCUACUGA